AUGGGGGCAUACCUGGCAGAGGGAACCCUGCCAGAGAAGGAGGAAGACACGGAGCGCGUGGCUCGGCAGGCCACAACCUACUGCAUUGAGGACGAUCAGAACCACCCUAGCCCUCUUCCACCUCACGCCCGGACAAAUUUCUCCGCCGCCGGAUCUGUCCGCCGCCUCCGCCCGACGAAUCCGCGGCCGCCACGUGGCACCCGCCGCCUCCCACCGCCGCCGGCCCGCCUGGCCCACGGGGAGCCCCGCCCCGGGCCGGAUCGGGCCGAGCUCCCUCACGCCGCGCCCCGCGGCGCCGCCUCCGCCGCCCCGGCGAUGCUCCGCCCCGCCGCCUCUUCACGCCGCCCGCUGGACCCGCCGCCUACUCCGGUGCCGGCCGCCGCCGUCGGCCGCGGCCCCGCGCCGCCCCGCUCCCGCCGCCCGCGCCCCUCGCCGGCGCGCCCGUUCUCCGCUGCCCGCGCCUCCCCGCGCUCGCCGGGCGGAGUCGGGCCGCCCCGCCUCUGCCGGAGCCCGCCGGCUCCGCCGCGACCUUCCCCGCCGGUCCUCCUCGCCGAAGCCGCCACCUCGUCGCCAGAUCUGGGGAGUGGGACGAGAUCCACCACUCCCUGA